UCCCGGCACGCGGCGUAUCCGCUCUAGUGUGACGUCACGUGUCCAAGAGCCCUCUGUGUCGGCCGCAGCUUCACGCGUGUCUCCCUCCCCGUGACCUCCGCUUCGCACCGUCCGUCACCCGGCACCUCGCGCCAUGGCCUGGAGAUGGGACUAUGUGACCCCCGAGCAGCUCGCCGGCUUCGACAAGUACAAGUACAGCGCGGUGGACACCAAUCCCCUGUCCCUGUAUGUGAUGCACCCCUUCUGGAAUUCUAUAGUGAAUUUUUUCCCGAGAUGGCUGGCUCCAAAUCUCAUCACCUUCAGCGGCUUCUUACUCCUGGUUUUCAAUUUCUUCAUGAUGAGUUAUUUCGACCCCGACUUCUAUGCCUCGGCUCCGGACCACGAACACGUCCCCAGCUGGGUGUGGAUUAUAGCCGGGCUGCUCAACUUCACGGCGUAUACUCUGGACGGGGUUGAUGGCAAGCAGGCCCGCCGGACCAACUCCAGCACUCCCCUGGGGGAGCUGUUUGACCACGGGCUGGACAGCUGGGCCUGCAUAUACUUCGUGGUGACCGUGUACUCGAUCUUCGGCCGCGGCAGCACCGGCGUCAGCGUCCUCGUCCUCUACCUCCUGCUCUGGGUCGUCCUCUUCUCCUUCAUCCUGUCCCACUGGGAGAAAUACAACACGGGGAUCCUCUUCCUACCCUGGGGCUACGACCUGAGCCAGGUGACUAUUUCGUGCGUUUACCUGGUGACCGCCGUAGUUGGGGUCGAGGCGUGGCACAAACCCGUCGCUCUCAAUCUCCUUUACCGAGAUCUCUUCACCACGCUGAUAGUCGGAUGCGCGCUGUCCAUCACCCUUCCGAUGAGUCUCUACAACGUGUACAGAGCUUACCGCAGCGACACUCUGAAGCACACCACCGUGUACGAGUCCAUGCUGCCGCUCAUCUCCCCGCUGCUGCUCUUCGCGAUGGCCACCACGUGGAUCUUUGUGUCUCCCUCGCAAAUCCUGGAAGCCCACCCCAGGCUCUUCUACUUCAUGGUGGGGACCACCUUCGCCAACAUUACAUGUCAGCUGAUCGUGUGUCAGAUGAGCAACACCCGUUGCCAGCCACUCAGCUGGCUCCUCCUGCCCCUGGCGCUGGUCGUGGCCGUCGUGGUCUCUGGAUUCGCCCGAGAAAGCGAAACGCUCCUAUUGGUUUUACUAACCGGGCUGGUGACCCUGGCGCACAUCCACUACGGCGUGAGCGUGGUAAACCAGUUGAGUAAACACUUCAACAUCCUGCCGUUCUCUCUCCAAAAACCCGCCACGGACUGACUAGAGGAGGAGGAAGUCGGCCUGCGGUCCGCGGAGGUCGUUUAGAACGAGCAGCUUCCGCGACGCCUCGUCCAUCACCACAAACUUAAGAGCAUCGACCCGCUGGGCAGACACUGGAAGCGACCACUAGGACCACGGCAAAGGCGCGAAGAGGAAAGGAACUUGUACAUAGAAGACCGACUGAAUGUUCCCGGCGCUGCCCGCCCCCCCUUACCUUUUCUCUUUGUACCCGUGUGCUCGCCCACACGCGGAACCCAUCGGCGACGAUCUCCGCCAUUGCCACCGGCCACCUUUUAUUAGGGGGGUUAGUUGACCCGGGUGGUCCUCACGUAUGGUACAUAAGCCAACGGACUCCUCAAGUGCCACGAAGAGACACCUGAGCACAAGCAGAGAGGAGUGGCGGGGAGUCAGGAGGUAUCCACGCGGACACUUUCUUUGAUUUUAUUAAUAAUCGCUUCCGCCAUUUUUAUUUAGAA